AUGAUGGGGUCGAGGCGCUCCAAGCGCGUUUCGUGGGCCACCGGGGCCAAUCUCUGCAAGGUAAGGCUUUUUCUUUCAGAGGAUUCCCCUUCUCAAGCUGGAUUAAGACCGCAGGACAAUCUCCAAGCAAAAGGCUCAUGGUUAAUGCAUGCAGCUGGCCCAAGCUCAGAUGAUUCGCUGCCACCUGGCUUCGAAUCGUUGCAGCCAACCAGCGAUCUCAAAAUUGACAUAUCCCAAAUCCCUCUUAUUAGGUGGAGAUGCCCACCACAGAUAUUGUAUAAUCUUGAUUGGCUUGUUGUUGCUGGAGAAGAAAGUGAGGAGGUUGCCUUGCAGAAUGAGAGGAUGUUUGGAGCACUUGAGGCUAUAUAUCCGCGGCCAUCGAACAUUCCUCCAAACCCAUUGGUUACUCCUGAUGUGAAAGACUCCCAAUUUGAUGAUUCCCGAACCCAGUUGGUUCCGUUGAUCCCAGUUGAAGAGGAUGAUGCCUCUGACCAGUUGGAAGAACCACCUGUUGGUCUACCAAGUAGUUACCACCAGUCAGAUAAUAAGUAUGACUCCGCAAUAUUCAGGGCCCCACAAGCCUCAGAUGCUCCCUUUACACAGCCGAAUGGUUCCAUCAACACAAGGUCUGGUGUCCCUGUUGAGCCUGACGCAGUGGCUGCUGCAUCUGCCGCUUACACUGCAAUAAUGCAAAGCAACCAAAUGGGAAACAUGAUUGACCAAGAUCUUCUUAUCAAAAUAUUAAGUGACCCUGCCCAAAUUGAGAGGUUGAUGAAAGAAUAUGGUGCGCUUAAACAUGAACAGUCAACCAACAGUUCUGUUGUCCCAAUGGUGCAAGGUCCACCGCCCCAGAUGACAGCUAGUGUUCCUGUCUCCUUUCCAGAUCAUACCACUACAUUUCACAAUAUAAACCCUACACUGCCACCUCCACCUGUUCUGAAUCGCCUACCUCCAGCUAUUCCUUCAGUUACCAUGAAUCCCCCAGCAAGUUCAAGUCAAGCAAUUAGUUUUCCAAGUGGCCCAACCAGAGGUUUGAACUAUUACCAGACCCUAAUCCAUCAGCAUGGAGGGGAGAGGCAGGAGCCACUUCAACAGCUUGGAAGGCAGUUUGCAAUGCAUCACCAGCCUGUUGCGUCGCAGGCUAGUACCACUGAUAUUGUCAGCAGUGGUACUAUGACAGCUAGGGAUACUAAGCAAAGGCCUACGAAGCCUUGUGCUUACUUCAACAGCGCCAGAGGAUGCCGGAACGGUGCGAACUGCACGUUUCUGCACGAUGUGUCUGCCGCGAGGAAAGAACAGCCAAAGGGAUCCAAAAGGAUUAAGUUAGACAGCAGAAUAGCCGGGCGGUAUUGA